AUGGCUAGUGAGGAGAGUUUUGUGGUUUUGGUGCACCACAGAGGAUCUGUUAAUAGAAAAACUCGUUCCGGAGUAAAGUUCACAGAUAAGAAUCCGCUAUGUAUUGUCAUAACAUCUACGACGAGUUAUGAUGACCUUGUUAGCGCUGUACUAAUGAAGCUCGGUCUGGAGGGUGCGAAGCGGGUAAAGAAGUUUUUCUAUCGCAUUCCAGUCACGGUGCUACAGAAUACGGUGAAGUAUGAUUGCUUCACGAUUAAUAAUGAUGUGGACUUGCAAGUAAUGUUUCUUUGUCGGCGGCAGUUUCCGGAGGUGAGGACACCGGAGUUGUUGGCACGGCUGGUUGAUGUUGUAUCCAGCUCCGGCGGUUCGAACAGGAAUACGAACACUAUAGCGAAUCCAGCAGGUUCUAGUUCCCGGCCUGCCGUUGCUUCCUCGUCCGUCCCUGUGUACGAACCAGUGGUCCAACAUGUCGCCUCCCCAUCUUUCGCUGUUGACCUCAAUGGCACCGAAGGCGACGAGGUAGUGGAAAGGGAAAAUUUGCCGAACGCUUUAGUGGGAGUUGCACCUGUUGGCGUAGGAGACGGUUUUUUGGACGAUGAAGACGAGGAUGACGUCGAGCCGGAUAUGAUUGACGAUGAUAGCGCUGAUGAUGAGGGGGUAUUAGGGCACGCUGUUGGAUUCGGAGCUAGAGAUGCGGAAGGGACUACUGGUCUGACAGAGUUCCAGGUUGGUCAGCAAUUCCAGGAUAAAGAUGAGGCCCUUUUAAGUGUGAAGACUUACAGCAUCCGGCGAGGGGUACAGUACAAGGUGGUGGAGUCCGAUCACCGCCGGUAUGUGGGCAAGUGUUCCGAGUUUGGGAAUGGGUGCACAUGGUUGAUUCGACUGAGUCUCCGGAAGCGCAAGGGCAUUUGGGAGGUCAAACGGUACAAUGGACCUCACACUUGCCUGGCCACAUCCAUCUCGAGUGACCACAGGAGUUUGGAUUAUCAUGUGAUUUUGGCGUUCAUUAUGUCAAUGGUUAGGGCCGAUGCAUCCGUGAGCAUCAAGGUGCUCCUGAACGCCACGGCAGCGCACUUCGGUUUUAAGCCGACUUACCGGAGGGUUUGGAUGGCGAAGCAGAAAUCUAUUGCCAUCAUAUACAGUGACUGGGAUGAGUCCUACAACGAUUUGCCUAGGUGGGUGUUGGGUGUGCAGCUGACGAUGCCUGGUAGUGUUGUCGUCCUUAAGACGAGCCCGAUUCGAGUUGGAGGACAGGUGGACGAGUCUCAAGCGUACUUCCACAGACUUUUCUGGACUUUCCCGCCCUGCAUCGAGGCAUUCCGUCAUUGCAAGCCGCUAAUCAGCAUUGACGGCACACACCUGUAUGGGAAGUACGGGGGAACGUUGCUCAUCGUGAUUGCACAGGACGGGAACUCCAACAUUCUACCUGUCGCAUUCGCACUAGUAGAGGGUGAGAAUGCGGAGUCCUGGACAUUCUUUCUCUCGCACCUUCGACAGCACGUGACCCCGCAGCCCGGUCUGCUGGUUAUAUCGGACAGGCACAACGGCAUUAAGGCUGCGCUUGAGGCCCCUGACGGCGGUUGGCUACCGCCAUCUGCGUACCGUGCAUUCUGCAUACGACACGUAGCGGCUAAUUUUGCCCUAACCUUCAAGGGCAAAGACGCUAGGAGUCGGGUGAUGAGUAAUUCGAACCAGGUUGGUUCGAAUUAUAGAGAGAGAAGGUUCCCAUGUAAUUCGAACCGGGUUGGUUCGAAUUACACCAAUCAUAGUUCGAACCUGGCCGAUAAUGCUAACACUAACAACAUGCAUCCUAAUGGUGUCCUGUCUGAGACGAGCCUGCAACCUGUGGGCAACUACGUCGUGUGUGUCCGGGUUGGCGACAUAGGCCGCACCUCUUUGGCCGAUUCGGAUCCGCCUGGUCCAUAUUCGUCCCGUCACCGUGAAGCACCUGGCCGUCUUCAUGUUGGCCUCAAUACACUUCACCAAAUGCUGACUGAAUUGUUGUCCUGUUCCCAUCUGGGCCUCAGCCUCUCUCCCCUUGCGAACAAACAGUUCCGCAAGCCUACAAUAUGUUGCCUUCACCAGGGAUGCUACAGGGAGAUUUCUGACCCCCUUCAGGAUAGAGUUCACACACUCGGAGAUGUUCGUCGUCAUGUGACCGAAUCUCCGCCCCUCAUCACGGUGCUGAGUCCACAACGACUGGACACCCAAGACCCACCUAGGCAGGUCGUUGUAGGACUCAUCCCAGUCACCGUAUAUGAGGGCAAUAGAUUUCUGCUUCGCCAUCCAAACCCUCCGGUAAGUCGGCCUAAAACCAAAGUGCGCUGCCGUGGCGUUCAGGAGCACCUUGAUGCUUACGGAUGCAUCGGCCCUAACCAUUGGCAUAAUGAACGCCGAAAUGACAUGAUAAUCCAAACUCCUGUGGUCACUCGAGAUGGAUGUGGCCAGGCAAGUGUGAGGUCCAUUGUACCGUUUGACCUCCCAAAUGCCCUUGCGCUUCCGGAGACUCAGUCGAAUCAACCAUGUGCACCCGUUCCCAAACUCGGAACACUUGCCCACAUACCGGCGGUGAUCGGACUCCACCACCUUGUACUACCAGUAGUCCCUUCCGCAUCUCUAGCUCCGAAUCCAACAGCGUGCCCUAAAACCCCCUCAUGUCUCAUGGCGUCCAAGUCCAACGAGGAAAAAUGUGGUGGAUACUACUGUGUGCCAGAGCUAGAACCACCUACCUCCAACGCAGGCCCAGUCGCUCCAAUAUCAUCAGCGCUAUCAUCGUCAAUCAUAUCCGGCUCGACGUCAUCCUCGUCUUCAUCGUCCAAAAAACCGUCUCCUACGCCAACAGGUGCAACUCCCACUAAAGCGUUCGGCAAGUUUUCCCUUUCCACUACCUCGUCGCCUUCGGUGGCAUUGAGGUCAACAGCGAAAGAUGGGGAGGCGACAUGUUGGACCACUGGUUCGUACACAGGGACGGACGAGGAAGCAACGGCAGGCCGGGAACUAGAACCUGCUGGAUUCGCUAUAGUGUUCGUAUUCCUGUUCGAACCGCCGGAGCUGGAUACAACAUCAACCAGCCGGGCCAACAACUCCGGUGUCCUCACCUCCGGAAACUGCCGCCGACAGAGAAACAUUACUUGCAAGUCCGCAUCAUUAUUAAUCGUGAAGCAAUCAUACUUCACCGUAUUCUGCUGGUUCGAUUUAGUACCAACAAAAAACCCUAAUUCGAACUCACCUGGUUCGAUUUACUAACAACUAGAGUUCGAACCAACCUGGUUCGAAUUAUAUAAAAAUGCGAUCUGGCUUAUUGCUGAAACGAUUUUUGCUUUGGCGUAUUUACGUAAUUUUUUGAGCCAGUUGGCUUAUUAUGGUUUUUUACCCUAUAUUUAA